UUUUUAACUGCACAUGUUACUCAGCAAAUUAUUUAAAUGUCUAUCUGAGGCUUUUAGAAGUGACCGGAUUUCCAAUUAUCACACUUACCUAUCCUGAUGGUGAACUGAAUUCUGUUGCUGAGACCGAUUUCUGUUCCACAGAUCAACUUUGUAAUCGCAGCAUACGUCAUUCAAAUGCUCGCAAGAAAGCUCAAGAAUUCUUCUUCGACACAGAUGAAUAGAAUCAAAAAAAGCGCCAAAGCGAUAAUAAUUCUGAUCUCCCUUUUGGGGCUGAUAUACCUCCUUGUAUUCUACCUGCCGGGAGAUAACCCUUCCAGCGAGUAUUUUGUCGCUGUUGUUUAUCCACUUCAGGGAAUAAUGGUCUGUAUAUUUUGUGUGUUCCUGAGCUCGGAGUUUCGUGAAGCCCUCAAGAGACAUUGGAUGAAAUGGAGAUAUGGAAUAGAAAUAGAGACGAACCCAUACGCGACAGGUCGUGAUAAUGAGGCAGGACCUUCUGGUGAACAAGAGGGAACCUCCGCAACCAUGCUUAGAACAGAGUCCUCAGAGACAGUACCACCCAGAGCCCUCUCAAUAGCGUCCCUACGAGAUAAAUCAAGUGGCCAGUUGCCCAAGGACGCUUCUCACAGGAGGAACACUCAGAUGUCUCUUCUGUCUCGAUCAAGCGAUCUCACAAGAUUUCGCCUCGCGAAGAUUGAGCCUGAGCCCAUGGUUCCACUACGGGUACAGUCAGUGGGCCCAGGGGACUGGGUCCCACCGACGCUUCAAGCAGUCAAGGCCUGGGGAGUGAUCGAGUUGCCUAAGAAUUCAGAUGAACCGACUGCUAGCGAAGGGCAUGCAAAUGAAGGUUUCUCGGGUAGCCGUGCUUCGCUUGCCGGCCGCAAGAAUUCUCUUUAUUCCGCAAAGCCAGAGACGGAACCAGUGGAAUCCCAGACAACAUCUCUAGUAGAACCGGAAACAAAGACAGAAGACCGUGAAGAGUCUGGGAGAUCUGGAGAGCCAAACAACACUGCAAAAGAUGAUACGAGAGAGAAUUCCACACCACAACAAUUUGAAGACCAAUUUUCGCCGUUCUCGAGUCAACUGUUCGAGCACGAAGAUGAAGUAUAUAAAGAGUCUCCGAGCUCAAGUCCUGUGGCAAGUGUGGAACCUGUUACAUCUGGCGGUGAAACGCCGACAGCUACAGCAGGCUCGAGUUCAUCCCAAGAUGCCGAACCAUCGACAAGCGCUGAGGAUUCAAACGCUUCUUCUCAAGGAAAGGGAUUCUGGGACAAAGCACGACUAUUGGCGUCACAAAGACGAAGAUCUCGGAUAGAACACAACAAGGUGUUGUCCAACAACGACGAUUCCUCACAACUUCGUCACACAGACAGAUUUAAACAAGCUGAUGAAUAUCGAAUGGCAUGGAUCGCCAACAUUCUCAGAGGAUCUAAAUUGCGUGACAAUGAGAGCGAAGCGUGAAUCAUACCUACAUGAGUCAUUUGCACGUGAUCUGUCACGUGAUCUCGUCGUUUACUACAGAUUGGAUGAAUUCUCGGUCGCCCAUCGUCACGAGGCAAACAUCUGACACAUGGAGUGAGAAAUGAUGUCAAAGAGGUCCUCAUCUUUGAAAAGCAUAUUGUAUAAACAUGAUCUGAAACCUGGUGCGAAUAAUAGAGUUUUCAAAACAAAUCUGAAGACUGUGGGUCUUCUGCGAGAUUAUUGUCAGUUUCAGAGGAGAAAUUAUUUAAGUUAUGAAUGUUUAUCGCAUCUUAUUGUUUAUAAUCGAAGUGGGCUGAUGGAAUUCAAUUUCCUUCGCUCGUUACGAGCCCCCCUGGUCUAGAAUUUGGGAGGUGUUUUUAGACAAGUCCAGGUUUGACACAUGGAGUGAAAACUGUGGUCAAAGACCAGGCUUUUCCCUAGGCUCUCCUCCCUAGCUGGAGUACAGUGUGUUUGGUUGUGGAGUUUUUGGCCUGCUGCACUCCAGAAACUGGUUUUCACCGUCUAACCAUCAAGCUCCGCGCUCCCUGUUUCCCGGUUUUUCUACGAUUGUGACGAGACAGAUAACUGUUACAUGGAAAUGGCCCCCAAAACAUGUUAGUUUUUGUGUUGUGUGUCCCAUAUCGUUUGCAUGCGCGGUGGCUUAAUGGUUUGCGUGUAGAAUUAACGGUCCAAGACUUAAUGACCUCCCUCUAAAAAUGUCUCUCAUGACUUAGGCUGCGUCUACAUAACGCCCGGGGAAUUUGAAAAUGGAGGUUUCACGCUGAAAACGCAUCAAUUUUUUUCCCUCCACACGGCGCGGAAGGAAUUUAAAAGGCAACAAUCACGGAUCAUUUUGGAUUUGUGCUUGAGAAAAACUCAGUCAGGGAAAUCACAUGAUUACCGUGACGCCAAAAUG